AUGUCUACCUCCUACAAGAUCCCCAAGUCAGAGCCCAUUGCCAUUGUCGGCACUGGGUGCCGCUUUGCUGGCGAUGUUAACUCCCCUUCUCAACUUUGGAAUCUCCUAUCCAACCCCAAAGAUCUCACACAAAAGGUUCCCGCCAACCGCUUCAAUGUUGAGGGCUUCUUUCACCCGGAUGGAGAGUAUCAUGGUGCCACGAACGCCACCCAAGGCUACUUCCUCGAGCAGGACCACCGCGUAUGGGACGCAGGGUUCUUCAACAUCACGCCUAAGGAAGCGGAGGCUAUCGAUCCGCAGCAACGUAUCGUGCUAGAGGUCGUAUACGAAGCCAUGGAGUCUGCCGGAUACACCCUUUCCCAAUACGCCGGCCGCAAGGUCGCCGUCUACGCCGGUCUGAUGACCGCCGAUUACGACUCGCUAUGCCAGCGCGACGAUAUCACCGCUAGCCAGUACUUCGCCACCGGUAACUCGCGAGCCAUCCUCUCCAACAGGAUAUCCUACUUUUUCAACUUCCGCGGCCCCUCCAUGACCAUCGACACUGCCUGCUCAUCGAGUCUAGUCGCCCUCCACCAAGCCGUUCUCAGCCUGCGAUCCGGCGAGUGCGAGAUGGCCUGCGUGGCCGGCGCCAACAUGAUGAUCACGCCCGAGCAGUUCAUCACCGAGUCCAGCUUGCACAUGCUCAGCCCUACCGGGCGUUCGAGGAUGUGGGAUGUUGGAGCGGACGGAUACGCGCGUGGUGAAGGUUUCGCCGCGCUCUUCAUCAAGCCCCUCUCUCGAGCCCUGAAAGACGGAGACGCAAUCAUCAGCAUUGUCAGAGAGACGGGUGUCAACUCGGAUGGACGAACUCAGGGCAUCACGAUGCCGAACCCCCUGGCCCAGGCCGAGUUGAUCAAGGAUACGUACCGCCGAUCGGGUCUCGACUCCCAGAGCCCCACGGACCGGUGCCAAUAUUUUGAGGCGCACGGGACGGGCACCCAGGCUGGUGACCCUAGGGAGGCGCAGGCUAUUGCUACUGCAUUCUUCGGGAACGAGGCGUCGACUGCCGCCGACAGCGAUGAUAAGAAGCUUGUCGUCGGGUCCAUCAAGACGGUCAUCGGCCACACGGAAGGCGCCGCUGGUCUGGCUGGCCUACUGAAGGUGGUGCACUCCAUGCACAACAAGUCGAUCCCACCCAAUCUGCACCUCGAGACCCUCAACCCGAGCGUCCGACCUUUCUUUGGCCACCUUCGCAUCGCCACUGAGCUCAUCCCUUGGCCCCAGGCCCCGGCUGGCCAGCCUCUGCGAGGCAGCGUCAACUCUUUCGGCUUCGGUGGCACCAACUCCCACGCCAUCAUUGAGCGGUACGAGCCGAGCAUCCACAACGAGGUUGCGAAGCGCUUCGACCAAUCCGUGAAGCUCUCUACCACCAAGCUCUCCGUCGCACACGAUGCUAGCAAGCCCAGCGUUGGUCUGCCUCUGGUUCUCUCUGCCAAGUCGCAGAAAUCUCUGGUCGCGGUUGUUCGCUCCGCUAGGGAGUUCAUGGUUGGUGACCAGACAUCGGCUGAUGAGGUCGCCUACAACCUCUACACCCGCCGUUCCGCCCUGACUUACAGGGUUUCCGUCUCUGGCGACUCUCGCGAUGCAGUCAUUGCCGGUCUGGAUAACCUCCUCUCCAAGGCUGGAUCCUCCUCCAACCCCGAGCUUGGUGUCCGUGCAAAGCUCGACGGCAACAAGCCCAAGAUCCUCGGUAUCUUCACCGGCCAGGGUGCCCAGUGGUCUGGAAUGGGCCGCAAGCUCUUCCACUCCAACUCCGUCUACCGCAGCGCCAUUGAGAAGCUCGAGGAUGUUCUCAAGACCUGCCCCCACCCUCCAACGUGGUCCCUCAUCAAGGAACUCAUCCACCAAGAUGACGCCUCCCGCAUCAACAUCGCCGCCCUCUCCCAGCCUCUCUGCACCGCGGUCCAGAUCGCCCUCAUCGACCUCCUCGCCAGCCUUGGGGUUUCCUUCCACACUGUCGUUGGCCACUCCUCUGGUGAGAUCGCGGCAGCCUAUGCCGCCGGCGUCCUCUCUGCCCGCGACGCCAUGCUCAUUUCGUACUACCGCGGCAUGUCUGCCCACCUUGCCGGCGGCAAGAACGGCCAGAAGGGCAUGAUGAUGGCAGUCGGAAUGACGCGCGCUGAGGCGACUGCUCUCUGCGAGCGCGACGACAUCGAGGGCCGCAUCUGGGUUGCCGCCAGCAACGCGCCGACCAGCGUCACCCUGUCGGGCGACAAUGAUGCUGUGAAGGCGCUGCAGGCCGAGUUGUCUGCGGAGAACAAGUUUGCGCGUCUCCUGGUCGUCGACACGGCGUACCACUCCGCCCACAUGGAGAAGCCGGCUGCGGAGUACAUGCAGGGCUUGGCCGCUUGCGGUAUCGCGCCGAAGCAACGGAACGGAACGGUAUGGGUCUCUAGCGUCUACGCCGAUGGCACGGACCCGAGCGCCGACGAGCUCAAGGCGAGCUACUGGAAGGACAACAUGGUCAAGGCCGUGUCUUUCUACGAAGCUAUUGACCUCGCUCUGAGCUCGCAGGGCCCAUUUGACUGCGCUGUCGAGGUUGGUCCUCACCCGGCUCUCAAGGGUCCUGUUCAGCAGACUGUCAAGGCCGCGACCGGCGGUGCGCUCUCCUACGCUGGUCUCCUCGACCGCAAGAAGGACGAUAGACACGCGUUCGCUGAGUUCUUGGGCUUCACAUGGUGCUACUUUGGCCCUGAGGCGAUUGGAUGGAAGGCUCUGGUUUCCAACUCAACCCAGCCUGGCCUCUUGUCAUCGAAGGUUGAGCUGCCGUCUUACCCCUGGGACCACAGCCAGAUGCACUAUCGCGAGUCGCGCAUCGCUCACCAGUACCACUUCCGCGAGCAGGGGCCCCACGAGCUUCUCGGUGUUCGCACUCGCGACGACACCGAGUUCGAGCUUCGGUGGCGUAACAUCCUCAAGCUUGAGACCAUCCCCUGGAUCCAGCACCACAAGUUCCAGGGCCAGGCUUUGCUUCCUGCCUCCGCUUACUGCGUGCUCGCCUUGGAUGCCGCAAAGGCUGUUCUGAACGGUCGCCCGGCUUCAGUUGUGGAGCUGACAGACCUCGAGUUCAUGAGCGGAAUCUCACUCGAGUCCAACACUUAUGGCAUGGAAAUCCUCGUUGCGCUUAGCAUCCAGCCCCCGGCUACCAAGGGCCGCUUGGCCGGCAAGGUUAUCGAUGGCACCUUCACCAUCACCUCUUGCUAUGCCGACGGUGUUGCGCCGAUGCAGAAGAACUUCACUGGAAACCUGCGCAUCUACCUUGGCGAGCCGUCUGAGGGAGCUCUUCCCGAGCGCGAUCCCGCCAGAGCCGAGACACUGCCGGCCGACACCGAUGCCUUCUACCAGAUGAUGUCGGAGAUUGGCCUGGACUACACCGGUCCCUUCCGCGCUCUCGAGGGUAUUGAUCGCAGAUACAACUUCUGCACCGCCACUCUCAAGAAGUUCCACGACUCGGACACCACCGGCCUGGGAGUCAGCCCCGCGACGCUCGACAGCUGCUUCCACUCCGUUUUCGCCGCCUGCGCAUCCCCGGGUGACAAGUCGCUCUGGACUUCAUUCUUGCCCAGAAGCAUCGAGAAGAUCCGCUUCAACCUUGCGCUCUGCGACGGAAAGCCUGCUGACGGGGCCUCUCUGGUUGUGGACUCCAUCAUUACGCAGGAGAUCCCGCGCACCAAGACCGCGACGACCAAGUUCGUCGGCGACAUGAGCAUCUUCAACACCCGCGGCGAGAUGGAGAUCCAGGUCGAAGGCCUCAUGGUUGCUUCCUUCGCCAACUCGAAGCCCGAGGAUGACAAGGAGCUGUACCUGCACACUGUGAUGGACCUCGACCCCGAACACGAGAUCGUGACUGCCGACAUCAGCAAGGAGGACGUCGCGACUGAGCGCAUCCUGCUUGAGAGCUGUGAGAGAGUUGCGCGAUUCUACAUUCAGGAUGAGUCGGCGAUCAAGGAGAUGGGAGCGCCGCCUACCUUCUUCACCCCGCCAACUUCGCCUCUUGCACCUAAGGUCGCGGGGUCUGAGGCUCAGCCCAGCCCUUGGAAGUACGACACUCAGGAGUCAUUGGAGGCUUUCAUCCUCCAGUCGCCUUUCUAUCAUGCUCUGGAGUUCAUCCGCAUGCUGGGAGAGAACAUACCUGAUGUCCUGCCGGCCAUGAUUUCCACCAUCAUCCAGGAGGCCAAGCAGCUGCACCGCUUCCGCUCCCACGUCAGCCGGGUCGUCUCUCAGAUUGCUCAUCGCUACCCUCGCAUGCGAGUGCUUGGUCUUACAGACCCCGAGGCUGGCCUCUCAGAGCACAUCAUUGGUGGUCUCAAGGGCUCUUUUGUGUCUUACACCAUCGGCACCGAGACCGAGAAGAACUUGCUCGCCAGACUCUCAGGCUCUGAGGCAAUCAAGAAGAAGAUUGACACCGAGCACCUCAAGCUGCUUGAGUCUGAGAACAAAUCGGCCCUUCAACCCUUUGACUUGGUCGUUCUCAACACCUCGGUAGUCAAGGGUAUUGAGCAGCGCGACAGACUCAAGCAGGUCCAGAGCUUGAUGAAGCCAGGUGCUUUCCUCAUCCUCAUCCACGAGUCCAUGAGCCCCCUCCGCGACAGACUUCGCCGCGCCUUUGGUGUGAGGGCCCAGGUCAACGCACCCCUCACUCCUCCCGAGUGGCCCGAUCUCUUGGACGAGUGCGGCUUCGUCCGCGCCGCGAUGAAGGCCGAGCAAUUCUUCGCCCCUGACUUCUCCCUCAUCGUCCGCCAGGCCGAGUCGGAGAUCAAGCAGAUUGCUCUGAACCCGUUCAAUGGCUCUCUGCCCAAGGUGGCGGGACACACUCUCAUCAUUGGCGCCGGCUCCAACUCGGCCGAUCUGGCGGCUGAGGUCCACCAGAAGCUGAUCCCCGCCUGCAGCAUGGUCGACAUUGUCGCCGACUUCGACUCACUCCAACCUGACUACUUCAACGAGGUCAGCAACGUCAUCUUCCUUGCUGACCUGGACGAGCCGAUGAUGAGCACCAUGACAUCCGAGCGUCUUGAUCUCCUCCGCGCCAUCAUGGCGCCUGAGAAGGUCGUGCUCUGGGUCACCAUGAACUCUCGCGCAGGCAACCCUGAGCAUGCUGCCACCUAUGGUUUCUCGCGCUCCAUGCUGGCCGAGAUUCCCAGCUUGAAGCUGCAGAUGCUCGAUCUCGACUCUCGACGCGACUCAGUCGAUGCCGUUGCUGAGACAUUCUUGCGACUGAGCAUGAAGGAACUGCGCGCUGGCGGCAAGGACGGUGAGUUGCUCUGGACGCACGAGAACGAGAUCUUCAUGGAGCAAGGCCACAGACUUGUGCCCAGAGUCAUCCCCUGGAAGGAGGGCAACGACCGAGUCAACUGCCCCCGCAGACUGGUCUCUUCCGAGGUCAACACCCUGGAGAGCUGUGUCGAGGUUGUCUCCUCCCAGUCUGGUGACGGUUCAGCCGUCUACACUGCCAACAUUGUCGAGGGCGAGAUCCUUGACGCCAUUGUCCCUGACCAGAGUGUCAUCAUGGUGAACUACAGCUCUGUCGAAGUGAUCAACUUUGGCCUCAAGUACGCCUCUCACGUCUGCAUUGGUAAGGACGUCUCUACCGGUGAGCAGUCGCUGGCAAUGACCAAGGCCAACUCUUCCUACGUCACGGUGCCCAACUCCUGCGUCUUCCCUCUUGGAGACCGCAAUAUCGAGCCCAAGACCCUCCUCAGCCUUGUCCUUCGCUAUCUGGUCACCUUUUCUCUUGAAGAGGAAAUGAUGGGACAGACUCUCCUUCUUCUCGAGCCCGACACCGUUCUCUUGGAGUGCAUGAAGGAAGUCUUUGAGCCAAAGGGUGUCAAUGUCAUCUCUUGCACCACCACCCCGAUCAAGGUCAGAACCCCUGGCGAGCGCUACAUCCACCCCUACGCCAGCAACCGCGAGCUCAAGGCUCUCUUCCCCUCCGGCGGUGCCUCCAUCAUCGACUUCCUCCCCGAGGGCAGCGAACUCUCCGAGGCCAUCCUCGACUGCCUCCCUGAGAACUGUGAGUACCACUCCCGCUUCUCCCUCCUGACUUCGGAGCACGUCGUCGCCCUCGGAGACUCCAUGGACAUCGAGCCCAUCUGGGAGACCGCCAUCGAGAAGGCGUUGGAGAGCAUGACCGGCAUGAAGGGCCAAAUGGGCAUUCCCAACAUCGACUCCAUCUCUGUGCCCGCCCUCUUGGAUCAGUCUAGCAGCGGCAAGCCCUUCCAGGUCCUCGACUGGCGCGCCGGCCGCACCGUUCAGCACAUUGCCCAGCCGCUCCUGGGAACCCAGCUUCUCCGACCCUACAAGACCUACGUCCUCGUCGGCCUCACCCGCGACAUGGGCCAGAGUCUCUGCAACCUCUUCUACGAGCACGGGGCGCGCCACUUGGUCCUCGCCAGCCGCAACCCCAACAUGAACCCGCAGUGGAUCGAUGAUCUCGCCGCCAAGGGCUGCGAGGUGCGCAUCGAGAGGCUCGACGUCACCAGCAUCGAGAGCGUGAGGGCCUUCAAGGAGAGGCUUGCUGCCGAGAUGCCUCCCGUCGCUGGUGUCAUCAACGGCGCCAUGGUCCUAGACGACCGCGUCUUUGCGCAGAUGGACGAGAACACCUGGCAGAGGGUCAUGCGCCCCAAGACGGUGGGCUCCAGCAACCUCGACGAGAUCUUCUCUGACUCUGAUAUGGAGUUCUUCAUAAUGACUUCCUCCUUCGCUGCCCCCGGUGGCCACGGAGGACAAUCUAACUACGCCGCAGCCAAUAUGUACAUGAACGGCCUCGCCGCCAACCGCCGCCUCCGCGGUCUCCCCGGCUCCGUCCUCAACAUCGGUGUCAUCUACGGCCUCGGCCUGCUCCACCGCGAGCGCAACGACAUCUACGCCUUCCUCGAGAAGGACGGGUACCCGCCCAUCUCGGAGCGCGACAUCCACCACAUGUUCCUCGAGGCCAUCGUCACAGGCCGCCCCGUCGACGGCCAGAUCUACGACAUCACCACCGGCCUGAGCCGCUACAGCACCGCGAACCCGGACCCGCUGCACUGGCACCGCGACCCGCGCUUCUCGCACUUUACGGUUGAGGACGACGCAUCGGCCGCGGAGGAGGGCGAGGGCAAGCAGAGUCUCAAGGAGACGCUGCGCGGCGUGGUGGACGGCGGGGUAGAUGCCGUCGCGGAGGUGCUGACGGAGGGGUUUGCGCGGUACCUUGAGACUGUGCUGGGCCAGAGCGAGGGGAGUGUGAAGGGCGAGCAUAGUGUGGGCGAGCUCGGUAUGGACUCGCUUGUUGCUGUGGAGGUGAGGGGGUGGUUCUACAAGGUUGUCGAGAGGGAUGUGUCUGUGAUGAAGAUUUUGGGGAGUGCGAGCGUGGCGAAGUUGUGCCAUGAGGUGUCUGAGGGGUUUGUGGGUGAGAGGGUGACGGCUUGA